CAAUAGGGCAGCGCCAGAAGAAUCCGCCAACGCCUCUUCGCACGGCGUACCUCUAGUCUGUAGGCAUUGCUAUUUUAGUCUGCGGCCUUCGGCUACAGUUCGCGUCGCCGAGAGCUUUCCGCAGCCGAUUGCUCUUGCAGGUUGUUCAUUGUUUUUUACUCAGGGUUGAUAUUGUGGAGAUAUACACAAACCGAGAAGAGGAUGCGUGCGCUGCGUGUUUGAAGUUUGCUUGGCUAUGGGCAUCUCGCAGCAUAGUUAGGAGCCUGUUGGCUGGUGUCGGGAACUUUGCCAAACAGACUAACCCGCGAGGAGCACGGCGGAUAAAAUCCACCUGAGGUUUAAAGUCAUAAGGUGUCAGGCGCAUCGGCGUACUCCGGAUAUUCGACAAAGUCCGCACAAUCACCGUAAAAACCGUGCUCGGCACAUUCGGCACAAGAAAAAGCUCCUCGUUACAAGGCAAAUCAGAUUUGUUUCAGCAGAAAGCCCGUCGUUGUUUGCAGCAGCCAUGGCGCAGUGGGUGCUGGCGACGGUGCUCGGAGUCGUCUGGGCGAUCAGCCUGCUCUACAGCGAGUGGAUCCAGUUCUGGCUGCGACCACCCAGCUGCUCCACGUGGCCCGAGGAGAAGAUUCAGGGUCAGUACAUCCCUCCCAAGGAAUUCAAGACCAUUGCGGUCAUCAACAGCCCAAAGCUCCUCCCAAGCACGUCCCUCCACGCCCAGUUCAUCACGGCUCGCCUCCGCAACGACCUCUACCUGCGCCGGGCCUUCCGAGCCUCCGUGCUCCGGUUCGCCCCGAGCCUCGUGGUCACGCUCGGGGACCUCUUCCAAUCGGGAGCUGAUGCUCCGUACCCCCUGUUUCGAGCAGCGGCCAGUAGAUACCACCACGUGUUCCAGACCCAAGACCCGUUUCUUGACCCGCAUACUUCGGAGAGGAGGCGGCGGCAGCAGAUGGAGAGAGGCAGGGAGAAGGAGAGAGAAAAGGAGAGGGAGAAGGAGAGGGAGGAGAGGGAGAAGGGCAGAGGGGGAUCAGUAAUUAGUGGUGGUAAAAGAGAGGGAAUGGAGCAGGGAGUGUCAGGAAUGGGGAGAGUUUGGGAGUGGGUGAUAGGUGGGUUAGGGUGGGGGAGGUGGCGACAGGGGGAGGUGGGAGUGAAUGUGCACAUGCGGACGGAUCUGGCGCAAGUGGCGGGGGAGAGUGACGUUGGGUUCAGCAGCACGCAGAGGAGGCAGCACGAGGUGGCGGUGCGGUUCGAGCGGUACGUUGGCGCGCUGAAUUUCCAUGACAAAGUGGGAGCAGUGCGGGUGGUGGGGGUGAACAGCCUGGCAAUGGACGGGCACCGGCACCGCAACAACAGCACGCGGCAGCUGGAGGAGUUUCUGCAGAGCCUGCCAGACCACGGUCCCCAGGCCUCCUCCCCUUCUCUCCCGCUCAUCCUCUUCUCCCACCUGCCGCUUUCCUCGCCAGACAGCCUACCCUGUGCCAACGCACAAGGCGCAAGUGUGGAAUGGGACAAGGAUGGGGAGGUUAGAUAUCAGGAUGCCAUGUCAAGAGAGGGAUCAAACCAUCUAAUGCAACUGCUCAAGCCGUCUCUAGUGGUGUCAGGGCACGCACAGGCCACCUGCUGGCAGCACCGGCAGGUGGAGGCGCCGCUCAGAGGCAACAGCAGCUCUGAUGGCGCUGCUGCUGAUUCUCACGGCUCCUGGGAUGUGAUUGAGCUGUCCCUCCCCACCUUCAACUGCAUCCACAGCACUCACGCGAUAACCGACCCUCCUGCUUUCCUGCUCAUCACCGUGCCCCUGGACCACGCCCAGCACCACCUGAACCAACCUGGCAGCAAGCAGCAGCAGCAGAGACCGACGCUGGGAGCAGCAUCGGUGCACGUGCAGCUGUGUGUGCUGCCCAACCAGAUUCUCUUCCCCGCCUGGUACGCCCUCCUCUCCCUGCUCUCCUUCCUCGCCUUCCUACUCCUCCCCUCUCGCGGCGUCUCCUGGGCUUCCCUCGCAGCCCUGGCAUCACGUGUAGCUGCAGAGUGCCGCGAGGUGUGGACCAUGCCGAAGCUCAAGGCGGACGACGAGGAGGGGGAGCUGGAGCCCAUGUUUGACACAGAUGGCAACAUGGUGCUUGUGAGGCGGAUGUCUCCUCGACUUCCUGACACCAUGCCCUCUUCAGUCACAUCCGAUAGAAGGCCCGGUGGAGCACAGCUAAGGGCGUCGAGACAGCAGGGCUCGCAUGAUUCGUUAAUGGAUGCUGGUAGCAACCCGGGUAGCGUCGGCAUUCCCCAAAUUGGAUUAUUCUCAGACGUGCCAAGGGAUGGUGUUUUGACGGGAGGAGGUGGUGGUGGUGGUGGUGGUAAUCAUGAAAGCGGUGGGGAUGGGUUGAUGGCUACGAUCACGAAGGGAGCGAAUCUAACGCCUAAGAUUGCUCUUCUUCGCUUGCUGCGGGCGGUAGGGCCGCUGACUCUGUUGGUCGGCAGCCAACUUGCGCUAUACUUAGGGCUUCUCGCUAAAGACUGGAGCUAGGUGUGUGUGCUAUUCGAGGUGCAUGUACACCUGUUCCCCUCUUUUGUCCCACCUAGAACAAUCCAAAUUGCAAUCCCACCUACCAGGCUCUCAGUUGAUUGGCUGCAGUCUGAACGAUAGCGAACAGUCAAGUCAUAUUUCGACAAUUGCGAGAAUCCGAGCCGGGAGGUCGCACCCGCAAAUUACCUAGUGCAUGAGCGAGACUUCGUAACCGAGUGACAGUCUUUACUGUGGGUUUUCUGUUAGAGUAGCAGGGAAAGUUGUGACUAAGGGAAAAUGUCGAGGGAUACAAAAAUAGGGCUGUACUUGUGAAAUUAUAUGUUUUAUAUAAUU